UAUCGAUCUAGCUGGAAUGUGGGAGAACUGGCUCGCACAUCAACGAGUGAGGACAAUGUUGAUGUGGUAAUUCAAGCAUUCAGGCGAUAUCCACGACAGUAUGUAAGGCAGUGUGUCUACAUUUAUCUGAGACACCACUCCAACAGAGGCAGUGUCAUGGGAUAUUUCUCCUGCUCGUCUAGAUCCCGAAGCGACAAGUGACGUCAACCAGUACCCUGAUGUCUACCACUUGCAACAGGCAGCUGGUGGCGAGCGAAGGCACCUGAUUAACUAUAACAGACGGGUCUCACUUCAAAACAAACAUGCCUAAGCCCACCUUCAACACGAUGGGUCCAGUUUCCAGAGGGCCUACCCACGCCAGCUGUGUCCUCCGGGGGUGGAGGAGCUCCCUGAUACUGCUACUUCUGGUGCCCGCUGGGAUCACCGCUGCCAGCGUCAGCCCUAAGACUCGCACAUUCAUCGUCACCGAUUCCACUAACGAGAUUGAAUCGUUUGUCAAGAAGCUGGAGUAUGAAGCAGCUAACGGUGUGGAGUAUACAGUGGAUGGAGUGGUGGUUCCUGUCGACCUGAACCUCCUUCCAGAUGACAUCAUCGCUGAGGACAUCCAAGAUGGCUUGGAGGAGGAAUUCACGACUGUUGACAAGGAACUUGGUGAUAACACUACUGAAACUGUCAACGCCACUACCAAUGCAGCUCAGAGCCGUCAGUUAUCACUCAUCUUCCAAGGUGUCUAUGCACCAGAUGCUCGCUUUAAUGCCUUUGCGGAUGGUGUGAUGGUCAACAUGGUAGCAGAAAUGAAGAGGAAGCAGAUGGAUCCACUUUACUUCCGCGUGUAUAACCGAGGCAUUGUGGAACAUGUUGCAACUCGUGCUGGACGUGACGGUCGACGAGAUGAACCUGCAGCAACUUCUUCUAACUUUAGGAACACUGGUACUAGGAGAGGAAGACAGCAAGGCAAUGCCAUCGGUGGAGGUGUUGUCCGUGGACUAACAAAUGUUAAACGUUUUGGCAAUGCCGAGGUUCAGAUUGCUGGAAACCUGACUCUGAUCCGUGCUCACUGGCUCACUGGGCCUCUGGACUUGAUAAUAGACUAUCGAGCAAGUCCUGGCAUCACUAGAGUCCGCACUGGGCUCCAGGCUGUCCAGUUAGAUACAUUGACUGUUAUUGACCGAUUUGGUGCUGAAAUGUCAGACUUUCAUAUCGUCAGCCCACUGUUUGACUACAUGCCGUACUUUGGAAACCGAACCUUGGCACAGCAGCAGAUGACUGAGCUUGUGGUGCGCCACCUCUUCUCCAAUACCUCCUUCAUGUCCCUCCUCUUGCGGGAUUCCUUUGAGAUUGCCUCCUAUGACAAGAUUAUUCCCCAGUUUGGUACAGAAUCAAACUACUAUUCUGUCCUCAAGUACCUGUUCAAUAGGGUACCAGUUGCAAGUGGCAGGUCACAAUCUGUGCCUCAGGGAGUUUCCAUACCAGGAAUACCCUCGGCCGUGGCGGCCUACCUGGCAAAUGCUGCCCACACUGCUCGCGCUGCUCUAGAGAACUUGGGUUAACACCUACAUAAAGAUGAACAUGGAAAUUUAGUAACUGAAACACCUCUACUAUAAAGGAUUUCCAGGUUACUUUUAAAUGGUUGGGAGGUCACGCCUUUAUGCUGUUACGAGCAGUUGUGAACUUGAUCUGAAUGCUGAUAUAAGUUUAAUUAACAGCAAGAUCAUGAAUGAGUUUUUAUUUGUUUAGAAUGAGAUCGAUGCAAGUGACAUUUUCAAAUCCAUUAGUCAGUAUCUUACAUAAUUGUAUGAACCAAUUAAUUAAAUAAGUGAAGUACGUAUGUAGAUAUAUCACUUCACAAAUUUAAAAUGGUAAUGCAGUAGUGUAAUGUAGAGUAUUAGGUACUGCAGCCUACUUUGUUUUUGUGUAGUACAGUAUUUUGUUUGAAAGAUCAGCACAUUACACGUGAUGGUCAUAGUUCUCUUUCAGCAUUAUCAACUACUGUAUAUAGUAUUUACAUAGAAUUUAUGUACAUAUAGAAUUCAAAAUCAAGUUUUUCUAAAGUUACAGUUACAGUAUAAAUAUGUACAUAAAUAGGUGUGUAUGUUUGUCUACACAUAAACUCUCUCUCUACACUACCAGUAUUUUCUUUUCACUUUCCUUUUUUAGUUCUUGCUUAUUCUUUUUUCACUCUGUCCUUUACUAUCAACAAAUUAGUGUAACUUAUGGUCUGUGAUAUAAAAUUGUUGUUAUGACUUAAGCUGGAGAAGUAGAAUUACAGUAAUGGCAAAUUAGGUUACCAGUGGCAUCAUUAGCAGUCAGCUCUUGAAGUCGCACUCCUCACACUUUGAACACGUUCUUUAUACUCGAGAUAAAAUUCUUGUCUGACGUCCAUACAUUUUAUAAAUUAAAUACGUACAAUAAAACAUAUUAAUACAGUGACCAAAAUUAUAAAGAUUGUGAGUUGAAAGAUUUGUUCUUUUAGCGAAUUAACACUUUACUAUGUCUUGUAUUUACUCGUCCUUGUCAUAAGUCAGUUGUUUUACUUGGUUGUUGUGCAGCACGAAACACUAUUAUCUAUUUAUUUGUUUGCUGUAAAUUUGUUUAUUGUUUUUGUUACAGUAUUUAUUUUUAUUUCUGUGUUAGUUCUUUUUGGCAAUGUUGUCAUAUAUAUUUCUUAAUGGUUCACAUAGUACGUAUAUAUUGACCUUAACAAAUAAAACAUUAACUGUU